CCUUUGAUGAAAUAACCUACUCUGGUCCUGUUCGAUUUUACUAUCAAUCUUCGUUGAGUAAACAUGAAAGUUUCCGUUUGAUGACGCUCUCCGAUCGUGACCAAGUGCGUGAUAUUCUACCUACAUUACGCGAAAAAUUUUCAAUUUCAGCUGAUGUGAAAUGUAAUAUACGAGAAGUUAUUAACGGAGAUGAGAUCUUACUUGACCCAGAAGAUCGACCACUUGAACUAGCUGUAAACUCCAAGUCCCCUCUGACCUUCCACGUGACAACUGGAAAUUACCGAAAUUUGGAAUUACUGCAAAGCACAAAAAGAGAUGGGUUUUCCCCAGAACAUACAAGAAAAUUAGUGGAAAAGUUCAAUUUGGCAACGAAAGUAAAUAAUGAAGAAACAAAAAGUUUGGUGACGUCAUCACCAAGUUUUUCAUCUGGGCAAACAAAUUUAAGUGGAAGCAGUCGCAGUGGAAGUUUAAAAGUUAUUGAAACUAAUCAAACAGAAACAAGAAGUGCCAUGGCGUUUUCACCUUCCGUAAAAGCAGGUGCCAGUAACGUAAGUCAACGAGAAUAUCAGAAUCUACAAAAACUACAAAAUGAACUGACUCACACUCAAAGACAGGAUCAAAAGGAUAUUGCAGGAAAAACUGUAAACCUACCAGUAGCUGUUACUGAUGAGCUUCAACAGGAAGGUGGAACACGCAGAGGUCGUAUGCGAAGCCUUAAACAAAAAAAGAGCGACACGAUGACGUCAUCAUAUCGAACCGGUAGAUCAUCUUCUGCAAGAAGAUUGUUUGCAAGUUUAAGGAAGUACAGACAACGCUCAUCUUCUCGGGAGCGAAAGGAGACUAAGAGCGUAUCUGAUAUUGGAUUGGAAGAUUCUAGAGGUACAGCAAAUAACCCAGAGCUUUCUUCGGAUGCCAAUCUUCCUGGUAUUAUGAAGAUCUUUGGAGAUGCAAUAAGCCCAGGUGCGAACUAUAAGAGCGUUAUGGCUACCCGAGAAUCUAGCGCACUUGAACUUGUAAAAACCGCAGUGAAACGAUAUGGCUUACAGCGACAGCAUGCGAAAAAAUAUAUUCUUUGCGAGGUUAUAGGUCGGCUAACAACAGAAAACAUACCGCAAUCACGUUAUAAUGGACUGAAGGUAAAGAUGAUAAAGAAAAGCAGGAGUAAAGCGAACUCUUCUCUUGAAUCUUCGUCGUGCAUGGAGAGUUUUAAGGAAGAUUACAUCAGACCAUUAAACGAUCACGAACGGCCACUUAAACUACAAUCUUAUUGGAAACCUUUAGAUGGACAUUGUAGACGAUUUGAAAUUCGAUUAAAAUCGGAGGUACUAAAUGCAGCAAGCAAAGAUAAUGAAACACGCGAUAUCAAUUCACAAGCAAAACGACUUGUUAUGCAAAAAUCCAAGCCAAAUUUAAGCGUUUCGUCGUUUUACGUACAUUCAUCUAACCAACCUACAACGGAUAGUGAAGAGUCAGAAGAGGAAUAUGCUCCAUCUUCAUGCGUGUUAGACUUAGAUGAAAAAACUAACACCGAUACAAAAGCUGAUUAUGAACCUAAAUCCCUGCCACUUCAAAUCCCGUUAACAGAUAAACCAACAUUUAUUUGCCAAAGCCCAACUGAAGCAAAGUUGGCUCAUGAAACCAAAAGUGCAGAAACUUGUUCUUUUAGCAAUGAGAUUACCCCACCGCCACCAGUGCCCUAUCUACUAACUGUGUUAGGUGACACACCGGAAGCAAAUGGUUUUCAGCGUUUUCUCGAACGGGAUGAGAUUUUAGUUGGCAGUGAAGUAUCCGAUUUUAAAUUGAAGGCACCUGGAGUUUUACGACACCAUUGCGUUAUCAGACGACACUUAGAAACCCUUUUUGAUGAAACCAAAAAUUUUAAAGCAACGCAAAAGUGGCGUGUUGUGGUGUCACCACUAAAAUCAAGGGCAGAAGUUACAGUAAACGGUGUGAGAGUGUUGUCAAAUCACACGUUGACUCAUGGAGAUAUUUUAUGUAUCGGUAAAAGUAUCAUAUACAAAUACGAAGAUCCUACUUCGAGCAUAAACAUUGACUGCUGUGUUGUCCCUUCACCUUCCGCCAAAAAUAGAAAAGAAAUUUUAAUUUCAAGUGAUGUAACAGAAAAGCAAUCAUCCGUAAGGAAUUAUGCUGACAUAACACUUUCAUCUCCGUUUUGUCCCGAAAUACCAGCGAUCAUGGAGACUCAGCUCAGUUAUGAGCGAAAAUAUGAAGAUGAGAUUUUGGACCAACUUUUCGACAUUUUUUCUAACUUUUGCCUUGACAAUAUGGAAGAGCCACUUGCACCUGCCAAUUUCCUUUGCCACAUGAUCACCCAUGCUUGCUUAAACUUUGAUCUUGCUGAUAAGAAUGAGUCAUUGUUUAAAGUAGCAAGCCACAUGCAAACGUUUGUUUUGAAUGCAACCAGAAAAGUUUCAGUUCAAGACAUUCAAUCUAAUGAUCCAUCUGAACAUCUUCUUAAAUCACUGCGCCUGGUUGUCUUCUGGAUGUCAAACACUCUUGAGAUAUUUGAGUUCCUUCAGAAAGAUUUAAUUCCCCAUGUCCUUGAUUGUGUGGAAGAAGCAAAAAAGAAGAAUUAUGUUAGCUCAAAAAUCCUGGAUGAAGCUAAGAAGUUUGAAAUUAAUGAAGAAAUCUUAGGGUUACUUGAAGAAGUCGUAAUGUAUGCAUUCCAACAGCUGGUGUAUUAUCUUACCAAGACUUUGUAUGGUUCAUUACCGGCCAUCCUGGAUUGUAAUCCAUUUUCUGAUGUUGAAUCAACACCAAGUGUCAAUCAUGUGAUUAAAGUGUACAACUAUGCUUGGGAGAUGACUCAAACAUAUUUAGUGAAUCAACAGAUUGCUGAUCAGCUCUUCGCCUAUCUGUUUUUCUUUACAAAUGUUUCACUUUUCAAUACGUUGAUGGAAAAUGAUGCUUCAACAAAAUAUUUCAAAUGGGAAAUGGGAGUUCGUAUACGUGGCAACUUGGAAAAACUAGAGAACUGGGCAAUUGAAUUUGAAUAUUCAUAUCAAGUAUCGGCUUUCCUUGUCAAGAUAUCUACCUUGGCAAACUUACUAGCCACCCCUCGUACACAAAUGGCAAAGUACACCUGGUCAACAUUUCGUAAAAACUUUCAUGGCUUAAACUCUGCUCAGCUCUGUCAUGUGCUUGAGUGCUACCAAAUGACUGGCCAGCAACAGAAACCAACAAGUUGGUUUCCUGAUCAAGAAGUGGAAAUGAAUACCAGUGGCGAAGAUGCAGUGAUGGAGAGUUAUGAAAGUCAUCCUCCCCUUACACUUCCUGUCAGUGGUUCAAGAAUCAACCUGGGUGAAUUACCAAACAAUCCAAAACUGCAAAAUCUGAUCGCCAGUUUUAAACACAAAGUAUAUAGUCCUCACACUGAACAACUAUGCAAAGAGUUUAAAAAUGAAAAGAAGCAAUCAUUUUUGUCCAAUGAGUUGAAAGUUACAAUGCCCACCUCUCCAGAUGUUGUUCCAAUGUCUUACCCGGAUCUUCUUCCUGAAUCCGAGAGCUCUGCUGCUAAUGUUGCUUCAUCUGGGGGUUUUGGAAGAAUUGUUUCAUCAUCAUCAUCAUGUUCGUCAUCUUCAGAACCUGAGGCUUAUAUUGUAAAGAACUGGAAGUAUGAUGAAGAAGCAAAUGCAUCAAAAGCAAUAAACAAAUUGGUUGAGUUUAACCUUUCAAAUAACCAAUCUGACAGCAGAAGAACUUAGACAAGAUUGCGACAGUUUACUUGUACUACCAGUAGCAGAAAUAGAGUCAUUUAAUUCUCGUAUCUCAAAAUCUACACAUCAUGAAAUCUCGUCUCCAGCUGAUACAUCAGUAUGUAGUGAUAACAGUAUGCCAAAAGAAGUUUUUAUUGUGGACAUUAAAAAAGGAAAACAAGGUCUUGGUGUUGGGUUGGUGGAUGGCACUAUUACAUCAUUAGGUUUACCAGGAAUAUUCGUUCGAUCACUAAUUCCCGACGGUCCGUCAGUUAAGCACAUACACUCUAAGCAUCAUGAUGUAAUAAGAUGUUGGUUACAAGAAGGGAGAUUACAACUGGGUGAUCGGAUAUUGGCAGCAAAUGGUGUCAGUCUAAUAAACAUGUCCUACCAUGAGGCAAUGCGGGCAGUGUGGCAAGCUGGUGAUAAUAUCAGACUUCUGGUUGGUCGAUGUGGUUCGGAUGUUGCUAUAAAAAUUACCUCGUCAAGUUGCUGAUGUAAACAAAUAUGAAGAUCUGUAAUUAGCCAUGAGGUGUAUGAAACAGAACACCCAGGUAUUAAUAACUGCAGCAAAUUUUGCGGAAUUGCUAAAAUCAGUAAACUUAAAUUGUAAUUAAUAACUUUUUUUGAAUAGUUAAUAUGAUGGUAAUGAUCAUCUAUCUGAUUACCUAACUAGAUCAUCAACACUUUGUUUACAUACCUUCUUUUUAAAGUAUGUGCAUGGUGUGUCAGUUUGCUUUUAGGAUAACAUAAAAGAACAAUUAUCAGUGCAUCAUUACAAAUCUUUUUAUGCCCGAGCAAUUGUUGGUCACCUAAGGGUCGUAGAAGUGCUUUUAUUGGAACAGUUGUUGUUUUUAUUUGUGGGGCCCAUUUAGGCAAAUCUCAUUUCUCAACCCUUACAUCUCAAGUUUUUUAUCUCUUAACUAAAGUCAAAUCUAUUAAAAUAUAGUAAGAUAGAAUAAUUCAUUUUUUCCUGAAAUUUGUUAGUAAGUUUGAACGAGAAAGCAUCUCUAUUAUACCUUUGUAUCAUUAAUUGUAAUUGAAACAUUACGUUUAAGUUCAACAUUAAACAUUUUUACAUGUCAACAAGGU